UGUACGGCACAGUGUCAGUGUCUAGUGCGGAGGUAAUAUUUCGUGCAACAAUGAAACUACUGGUUGUGCUACUCGCCCUUGGGGGCAUUGUGGGGCUGCAUGGAUUUAAGAUCUGUGACCGUAUGGCACCCGGUACGAUAAUGGGAAGUCCAACGAACUGCAGCGAGUUCUACAUGUGCCGCGAUGGGCGGCCCGUCCUAUUCGCCUGCCCGGAGAACAUGUACUUCGAUGUGGAUACGUCCGCCUGUGGCUACGAAGCGUUCUGUGCCGACAACGAUGUUGACUUCGAGCAGGAUCCUUACGAACCGCCCGUACCAGAGUACAGACCGAUCGAAGCGAACCCAUCGCAGCUCGUCCCAACGCAAACCAGCGUGUGUCGCGGUGCUGCUCCCGGCGCCGUUCGCACCGAUACGACCGGCUGCAGUGCAUUCUACCAGUGUACGAAGGCUGGCCCGCUGCGACUCGAGUGUCCAGCCGGUACGCUGUUCGACAGCAAUCGGUUGGUGUGCGAUGCGGCCGAUAUCGUUUCCUGUGCCUACGCACCACCGAAACCUUCGAUUGGCGGUGGUGGUACUGGCAGUGGCAACUUGCUCGAGAUACUGUGCUUCGGCAAGAAGAAUGGCUACAAGUUUGCGCACCCGACCAACUGUGCACGGUACGUCGUGUGCAAUGGGCGUAACAAGGCGCAGGAGUUUACCUGCCCGACCGGAACGGCUUACAAUAAGCAGCGCAAAAUUUGUGACUUUACGCACAACGUAGAGUGCUAGGGUGUCGCGGGGGGCUGAAUCUGAAAUCGAUGACAAAAAAACCCCUGAUAUUCCGAAAGGCACGUGCUUGCCUCUUCAUUACAGGUGGUAGGGAAUGGCUGGUUGAUUCGAAAAAUGCUUCCGAUUUGAACGGGGGUUUUGUUAUUUUAAUUGGAUUAAAAGCAUGCAUCAAAACGGAGGGAAGGACAUAAGGACAACAGUAGUGCUGAAGUUGUCCUGCCCUAGUAGGGAGUGGUUGAAAACAGACACAUUCGAACUUUUCGAUUCCUUCAUUGAUUGUUUGGUUGAGUUUGGGUGCGCUCGGAAGGACGCAACAUCGGUCGGUCAAGCUCCGAGCAGCUGCUUGGUUCCGAUGUGAUCGCUUCCGGUAAUCAACUCAACCAGAAGCUAAAACGAGCCUUCUUACAACAACAAAUCCACCGAACGAAAGGACCCAGCAGACAAACGUGCACAACAAUAUGAAUAGUCAAUGAAGGACCAUAAAUCGUUGAGCCUUGCUGCGGUGGUGAGCCGACGUGAUGACACCUAAGUGAUGCGUCUGCGUAUGCGGUUUUGUUUUGGGCAGUGAACAUUGAAUUCGGAGUUCUCGGUUGGUUUUUGUUCUCGAUUUCUGGUUUGUGCAAAUGGCCCUGUUAACGAUACGUCUAAUUAAUACGCGCUAAUUCGUUAAGGAUGGUGGUGGUGAUAUGGUGGAGGGUAAAAACAAAAGGUAAAACAAACACGGGUAAAUAAAUAUGAAUAAUUCAAAGCGGUA